GGAUAAUGGUUGGAGAUCGCGGAUAUUAGAAGGAAUCAACAAAGAUUGAACUGAGACUUUAAAAGCAGCAUCUGAGACGGCAGCGAUGGCUCACCUCGCCAACCACGGCCGGCUGCUGCUGCAGCGCCUCCAUCAGCAGCGGGAGAUGGACUUCCUGUGUGACAUCACCAUCAUGGUGAAAGACGUGGAGUUCAGAGCUCACCGCAACAUUCUAGCCGCCUUCAGCGAGUAUUUCUCCGCUCAGGCCGAGAAGGGGGAGGAAGUUACCAACUUGGACCCGGAGAAGGUCAGCCGGUACUCCCUGGAGAAACUUCUAGAGUUCAUCUACACGGGUCAGAUGAACCUCAGCAGCACCAGACAGGCUGCUGUGCGUCGAGCCGCCGUCUUCCUGGGAAUGUCAGAAGCCACGAAGUACCUGGAGGAAACUCCUCACUGGUCCGAUCUCGGCGAAAUGUCCCAGUCUGAGCUGGACAAGGAGGCUGGGGCCUCCCCUCAAAGCCCCAGCAGCCCCAGCUCCCCGCUCCCCCUCUCCAUCGCCUCCCUCACCGGGGACUGGCAUGCAGAGGAGCAAGAAGGCAAAGAGCAGGUGUUUGAGCUCAGAGAUGAGAACUCAGAUUUGGCAGAAAGGAGCGAUGAAGAGUACACCCCCAGCGCGCAGAGGAGCAUGGGCCGAGGACAGGGGAGGAAGAGGGGCAGGAAGCCGAAGAGUUUCAGCGGCGAUCAGGUGGAGCCGAGCGACGGCGCUCCUAAAACUCCGAGCCACAGGGGGAGAGGGAGGCCCAGGGGGAGGGGCCGAGGGCGAGGAAGAGGAGCUGCUUCUUCACCUCCAAGUGAUGAUGUCUUGCAGGAGGAGUCAGACUCCAGCUUGAAGGACUUUGAAGACAUCUCUGCAGACUGGAGCCCCUCCCUCGACCAAGAUGGUGAUGGUGAAACCUUGACCAAGAGACCCCGGUUGAGCAGCAGAUACGGCAGGAGAGGGCGUGGCCGUGGGAGGGGCCGAGGGAGGGGGAGGGGACGCAGCAGGAAGAGUAUGACCGAUGAAGAGGAGAGCGGCGAGGCGGGUGCAGACGAGGAGGGGGAGGAGGAGGAGGAAGGUGAGAUUCGGGAGCAUGACCCGUCAGAGAUGAGCGACGUCCCGCUGAGCUGCAGCGAGUGCGACAAGAUGUUCAAAGACAUGAGCAGCCUGCGGCGCCACGAGAAGAUCCACCGCGGCCUCAAGCCCUUCUCCUGCAUCUUCUGCUCCAAGACCUUCAGACAGGCCACUCAGCUCAAAACACACCUGCGCAUCCACACAGGUGAGAAGCCGUUCAGCUGCAGCGACUGCGAUAAGUGUUUCGCCCAGAAGUGUCAGCUGGUCGCACAUCGCCGGAUGCACCACGGCGAGGAGAAGCCCUUCACCUGCGACCGCUGCGGGUUCAAGUUCGCCACGUCAUCAAACUACAAAAUCCACAUCAGACUCCACAGCGGAGAGAAACCGUACAUCUGUGACAUCUGCGGCCAGGCCUUCGCCCAGUCCAGCACCCUGACGUACCACAAGAGGCGGCACACCGGAGAGAAACCGUACCAGUGCGAUCUGUGUGGCAUGUCGUUCUCCGUGUCCUCGUCCCUCAUCGCCCACGCCAGGAAACACACGGGCGAGACUCCAUACGUCUGCUCACAAACAAAGUGCGGCGCCAAGUUUGUGACGUCUUCUGAGCUGAAGAAGCACAUGAGGCGACUCCACCCGGAUGGAAACUCGGGCGUUCAGUGUCUGCUGUGUGGAAACCGAUUCGCCAGCGUGAAGAACAUGAUCAAACACCAGGAGAAGGUUCAUGCAGACGAAGUGCGACAACACAAAGAGAGAGCCCGAGCCGUUGUCCUCCUUGCUUCCAGCCACCCCGUGACCUUCAUUCAGAAUAAAAUCUCUCAGGAGAACAAAACAUUGGUUUCCAUCCCUGAAGGCGAGCCGCUGAACCCGGAGCCGACCACCCCUGACCCCAAAGCCCUGGCGCCGUCUGCCGACACCGCCAUCGCCGAGCCCAUCGCCACUGACACCUCCGACAUCCAGGAGUUCAAACCGGAGCCCUCCCAACUGCCCCUAACCACCGCCGACCCGGUGACCUUUGAACCCGACCAGGAGCAGACCAUCAACUCGGACACGCUGCACGCUCUGGUGGAGCAGCUGAGACCCACGGCGUCGCCCGCCACCAACCUGGAGCAGAUCGUCAUCAUCAGGACGGUGGACACCGCCGAGGGCGCCGCCCCUCCGCAGUGAGCGGGGCGGGGUCAAAGGUCACCGCCAUCAUCUUCAGCUGUGAAUAAAAACUACGCAUCUUAAAAGCUGCCGGAGUUCUUCGGAACUUGGAACGAGUUGUCGUUCAUCUGUUGGUUUCUGUCUGAAGGAGUUAUAAAAAACAAACAAA